AUGUUACAGGUACGGAAGUUGGAGUUUCUUUUAGCUGAUGCACUGAAUAAGAAGUGCGACACUAUUUUUACAUGUGGUGGAGUGCAGUCAAAUCAUUGUAGAGCCACUGCAGUAGCAGCAAGACAGCUUGGCUUGGAUUGUUAUUUGUUUCUUAGAAGCUCUGAACAGGUUAGCUGUGUAUGUUUUCUUGUAAUGUGCAGAAUCAUGAAUGGCCACCUUUUUACAUCAGUCACCUUCAUGCCCCAUCCUCACAUUAGCUCAUAAAUUAUUUACUGCUAUGGGAACCAGAGGAACAUUCUUGCAGCAAGGAUUGACAGCCAAUAACAAAUUCAAUGCAAUGUAUGGUUUCACUUCCACAAUAUUCAAACCUGGGGUACAUUAAUAAUUAUUUGGAUGUGCGUGCAUGCUCUAACUCUUGCACAAGUCUUUCCACCACCCUUGUAAUGCCAUUUUGAAUCCUACAUUAAAUUAAUUUAUUAAAAGGGUUAUAAUUUCUUAUGCCUCUACACAGUAGCCACCUCAGAACUACUGGUAUACACAAUAGCAAUCUACUGCACUAAUCACUAUGUUGCCUUGUGUCAUUGUGUCACCAGGCACAAAUAUUCCAACACAGUCAACUAGCUGGAGCACACUUUUAGAAACCUCUGUAAAAAGGACACCUACUGUUGGUUGCUUCCCUUGCUGUUUUCAGUCAUUUUCUGCAACUAGUUUCUCUAAAUGUGAUGGACACCUUUCUACAAGUCUCGAAAGUUGUUCCUGAUUCCCAUUAUGUUUAUCUUAACAUAUCUUAUCUUUCUGUUAACUUUUAAACUACAUGCAAGUGCCCUCAUGGGAGUACACUGUAGAACAUUGAUUCUUGUUCAUGUUGAUGCAGUCUACAGAUAUUGGAUGUAAAGGAAAUCUUUUUCUAAACAAAAUGGUUGGAAGCCGUAUUAUUGUUGUUCCAAAACUCCAAUAUAAAUCAGGCCUUAAACAAAUGAUGGAGAAAAUGGCAGAAAAAUUGUAAGUGGUUAUUGACUUAAAAAGAGACUACAAAAACCUUUUUUAUAGCUGAAACAUUCUUAGUGGUAUACAUUGUAUGAUAGGACUUCUGGAAAAAGAUCAGGAAACCCUACACUUGUAUUGGCUACCCACAAAUUAUAAACUUAAGGUUUUUUGUCCCUCCUCAUCAAAAAAGAAAUUUGAUUUCUAAUUUCCCUUUUAUUCUAUUAUUAAGUACACUGAAGCCAGUGAAUAUUUUUUCAUACUCAUUGAAUAAUAAUACCUGUUUAUAAUUACAUGUAACUGAUUUUAAAAUAUUGUUGGUCAACUCAAAAUGUCCUCAAAGGGCCAAACCAUAUAGCAGUUUCAGUGCUGUAUUAAUUGUUAGUCUCAUUUAUUUUCUCAAAAGCAACAGGGAUCCUCAGCAUAUUUGAUAGAGAUAGGUGGUUCAUCUUACACAGGGAUGUUUGGUUACUUGACUGCAUUUCAAGAGAUGAUAGAACAGGUACAAGUUAUUUGUAUGGAAUGGGUUAUGUAACAUGCAUUUUGUAUGUCAAAAGAAAAUUCAGGUUAAUAAUUUUUUUAACCUGGGUAGAUUUAUUUCCUUUGUUUCCUAAACCGAUAUGAAUUAUUCAUGAACUGGGCUUAAUAGGAGGCAAAGAAAAUUGAGUAAAGUAGGUUUAAAAAAACUGAAUUUUAUUUUGCCUAUAAUACAUGACAUGAAGCUAUUCAAAAAAUGAUUUCUAAGGUCUAGUAAGUGACUUUUCAUCUCAAUAUUACUUUCAAUUUCUCCCUUUUUUCUCAAGUAGACAAAACAAAGGUAAGUUGAAUAGAAAUUCUACAUGUACAUUGUUGCACUGAUCAGAAUGCCUUUGACAGAACUUUUUUCCAGAAGGAAGCAUCUGAAAUGUCAAACAUGGUUGCCACAGGCUAAUUGAAUUAAGGGUUGAUCAAUCCAGGUCCAUACAUGUAUAUUUUUUAAAUUAUUUUGCUUUUUUUUAGUUGUAAUUUGUGAGAUCUUAGUAGUUUUUACUUAUUGUUUGGAUGGUUUUCAUAUUUAUUCAGAAUGUGUUGGAAGAUUAUGAUGAUAUUGUAGUUACUGUCGGCAGUGGAGGAACAGCAUCAGGAAUUGCUAUUGGCAAUUACUUGACUGGCUCAAAACUCAAGUAAGGCUCCAGUUUGCAUUUAAAUAUUAAUAGUUAUUUAGGAUCAACCAUGCAUUUGCUUUGUUAAAAGAGAUACUUUUACUUUGCUCAAAAUGUGGUCAGUUUUCUAUGGAUUAUGACUAAAUGCAGAAAAGAAUAAUUGCCAAUUUUCUGUAUUUUUUUUUCUCUGUUUUGGAAAAUUUAUCAUAAGGGUUGAUAUAGAUCCUUCAAAGGCAAAAUUGCUCCAUGUUUCCCACCUGCUUUUACUAACAGAGGCGGUUUUCCCAGCAAAGCAAAGUAACAUACUGGAAAUUAAAAAAAGUACAAAAUGAAAGUAGAGUAUAAUUUAGAAAAAAUAAUUGAAGCAAAAUACAUUAAUGUUUCAAUUUUAAGGCCAUAAUAGUGGACUACUUGGUAAACAAUAAACAACAACAACAAACAGAAAAAAAUCACUGGCCUUUAAAAGCAGCAUUAAGGCACUUUCUGGUCAGUCAAUAAGAAAUGAAGGAAGAAAAGCAAAGCAAAGCAAUUAAACUGUCCCUAUUGCAGUUCAAAAACUAUGUUUGCUUUUCUUUCUGCUUUUCUUCUGCUCUUUUGUUGGGAAAAGUGAAAUUUUGUAUCUUUAUGGCUUGGCCAGUAAGAUUUGAAAAGAAAUUGUGGAUGUUCUGCAAAGGCUAAUUAAAGAGAGCUACUGCUUCUUAAGGAAUUGUUCAUGAGUUUACAGUUGAUACUUUUAAUCGGCUGAACUUCCAGUGGAGGGAGUUACUCCCUAUAAUGGCCUAUUUGGGGAGACUCCCCCCAAAAGGGUACCGUUUUUUGGGCUUCAGCAGGGACGUAGCCAGCCCACAGACCUGUAGGCCCAGGCCUAAAAAUUUUUGGUUUGAUCACUCUACCACUUGUAAUAAACUAUGUGUUGUUGGGGUGAACCAAGAAGCUUCUAUAAGACCUCAAAGUGUUGGUGAGGUCAGUGUGUACUAGUCAUGCUUGCAAUUUUCAGGAUAUGUGGAAAUAAAAGUCAGCCAGGCCUACAACUAGUCAAAAAGCUGGCGACACCCAUUUUCUGGUACAGUGUAUGUGAAAAGCUAGGAAUUUCAAGUAUACGAAAGAGUAGGGAAAUCGGUGAUUUCGGUCUCGCUGUAACUAAGGAUCAAAAGGGCUGACAUAUGCAUUAUUUUUAUGGCUAUGAAAUAGUUGAGAAAAUGUUCUGGCUUUGGGGUUUAUUCAUAUGAAAAGACAGUGAAUUUAAAAGGCCCUAAAAGGGAUGCAAAGUUCUAAUCUAGGUACGUGAAAGGGGUACCAUUUGUCAAUAGAAGGUAUAUGAAAGGGGGACCUUUUCUGUAAAAAAAGGUAUAUAUGUAAAUGGGUAGGGGAUUGGACCUUCAGGCAAAGCCUCUCCGUAUAUAGCUUUGCAAAAAAAAAUUAAAGCUGAGAAAAAUUUUGCCUCUUUUCAACUUUGUAGAUGCCAUGCAGUCAAUGUGUCUGACAAUGCAGCUUACUUUUACAAUAAAAUCAAUGAAGACCUUAGGAGUGGGGGAAUUGAUGUCAAAGCAGAAGAUAUUAUAGAUAUUAUUGAUGGAUACAAAGGGGGAGGAUAUGGUGUGUCAACUCAACAUGAACUAGGUGGGUAGGACUGGGGGAAUUGAUGUCAAAGCAGAAGAUAUUAUAGAUAUUAUUGAUGGCUACAAAGGGGGAGGUUAUGGUGUGUCAACUCAACAUGAACAAGGUGGGUAGGACUGGGUGAAUUGAUGUCAAAGCAGAAGAUAUUAUAGAUAUUGUUGAUGGCUACAAAGGGGGAGGAUAUAGUGUGUCAACUCAACAUGAACUAGGUGGGUAAGACUGGGUGAAUUGAUGUCAAAGCAGAAGAUAUUUUAGAUAUUAUUGAUGGCUACAAAGGGAGAGGAUAUGGUGUGUCAAUUCAACAUGAACAAGGUGGGUAAGACUGGGUGAAUUGAUGUCAAAGCAGAAGAUAUUUUAGAUAUUAUUGAUGGCUACAAAGGGGGAGGAUAUGGUGUGUCAACUCAACAUGAACAAGGUGGGUAAGACUGGGUGAAUUGAUGUCAAAGCAGAAGAUAUUUUAGAUAUUAUUGAUGGCUACAAAGGGAGAGGAUAUGGUGUGUCAAUUCAACAUGAACAAGGUGGGUAAGACUGGGUGAAUUGAUGUCAAAGCAGAAGAUAUUUUAGAUAUUAUUGAUGGCUAUAAAGGGGGAGGAUAUGGUGUGUCAACUCGACAUGAACUAGGUGGGUAGGACUGGGUGAAUUGAUGUCAAAGCAGAAGAUAGUAUAGAUAUUAUUGAUGGCUACAAAGGGGGAGGAUAUGGUGUGUCAACUCAACAUGAACUAGGUGCACGCAUGUUAGGACUGGCUAAAUUGUUUUUCAAGCAGAAGGCGAUAUUAUUGACGGAUGCAAAAGGAGUGUGAGUAGGUGCAUUCAACUGCUCACGGGAUUGGUUGGGAAAACAAUGAAUAAACAAAGUUAAGAAUAGACCUUAGCCCCGAAACAAAAGAGCUGCGACAUAUCGAGUUACAACGAAAUUUAAUGUUCAAUCGAUAUGAGGCAGGUGGGUAGUCUGGUGGUCAAACAGAAGAAGUGUUUGAUAGAGGGAUCCAUUUGUGCACACUGUUAAAGUUGCUUGGUAUAACAUUAUAAAAUAAUGCACAUUAGACUGUACUUCAACUCCCAAAGCAUCCCCCACUAUCCCCGACUCUUCUCAUAGGUUUGCCACUUAGUUUAAUUCGAAAACGUGGGCAAUCUUUCUGGCUCCUUCAAUUCACAUGACAUACAAAUUACAAUACUACUGCUUCCAGCUAAGUCUUUGGCAAUAUUACCCUGUGACGUCAUAUAUUCUGUCAUGUUACCAACUUCAAAGACUUUGAGGGGAAGGGGGAGGGAAUACAUGCCCAGAACUAACUGAGUCACUAGUAAAAUACAAUGUAGUAUUUAACUGAGACGUUUGGUGUGACGCAAUAAGAGGUGUGCAUUGUGUUUUGUUAUCAAAUUACAGAGAAUAUUAUUGAGAUCUCAAGAACAACUGGAAUAUUGGUAGAUCCAGUGUACAAUAUAAAGGCAAUUAGAGGAAUGUUAACAGAGAUGAAGAAUAAUCCUGGCAGAUUCAAAGGAAAAAGAGUACUUUACAUCCAUACAGGUACGAGAUUUCAUCACUAUCUUCCUCAGUCUGACUGAGGGUUUAAUUAAGGCUUUCUCUCUGUUGAGAAGCAUUGGUAAAUUCAAUAAUUCACACUCUUAUGUCAACUGCUACGCGAAAUACAAAUUAUUUGCUGGUUGUCAUACUGUCGAUAGGUAUACCCCCGGAGGUAGGGAGGUAUACCUAAUGCUAAUGUCACUAAUUGAGUACUGAAAACAAAAGUGCAUACUGUAUACUUGCUUACACUGUACAUUGACUUAAAGUGAUAUGUGACGGGACCCACCUAUCCGGAGAGUCCAUUGGAUACUAGUAAGUGCUGUUUUUAGAUUUCUUAUCUCGCGAUAUUAGCUGUGUUCACAAACGUGCUCAGUCCAACAUCGCAGUUGACCUCCGAGACAUUGUUUCCUUGAAUUGUUUCUCACAGCGUCCAAGGUUCUUCAACCAGUUAAACUCUCCUCGCCAAACACUUCGCCGACCUCAUUCGCCACAUCUCUGCUCUCAUUGGUUGAGAAUAUUUUGGCGCCACAAAUGAAUCUAUAAAUAGCCUGAAAAUCUACCACGCUGUGACCCAAGCCUUACGAUGUAUAUGACAGAUAUGCGCACCCGGGCGAUUGGCUCUUGCUAAUGAUGUCAUUUUUUUUCUUUUUUAGGUGGGGUGUUUGGUUUGUAUGAUGGCAGAAUGGAUUCACUGAUCACACAGUCUGAAGAAGGAACAAAGCAGGUUUUUUAUUGGGGAGAUAUCAAUGAUCCUUUACCGUGCUAACAGUUAAAAAACAAAUAACAGAAACAAAAAGUAGAAGAUUAAAUGCAAGAAAGAAACAGAAGACCUCGUUCUCAGGGCUCUCUCCUAUCGUGCAAGAGAGGGAGAGAGACAGACAGUUAAGAGGAACCCUAAUAGGUUUUUCUAGAUGCGGGAUUUGCCUUAUUUGAAUAUCGGGAUUCGGGAUAUUUUGCUUUAAAAAGCAAAAUGGGGGAGAGAUUCGGGUGUACAUGAAAAGAAGAAUUUUUACCCAGUAUCAAACGAGAACUCAAAGCAGAGAUUCUAGUAAUUUGAUUUCCCCGUCAGUGCCUACUAAUAAUAGUUAUUUCUAUGAUCCAGAUGAUCUAUCACUAUUUUUAUUGUUUUUUACAUAAAUUUGUAAGUAAGACGUUUUUUCUUUCUCCAUUACAUGUAGCUCAGCACUUUGGUCACUCAGCACAUUUUACCUUU